AUGCUGCCCAGUCAACAGCAAGAGCCAUUGCUAUGUGACGAGAACCCCACCAGGCCAUUCCAGUCUGUGUCAGCUGACUUCUUCACCACAGCAGGGAAAUUCUUCCUUGUCUAUGCUGACCGAUUCUCAGGCUGGCCCGCAGUUGUACCCUGCAGUUCAGAUACGACAUCUGCCGCUACCAUACGCUACUUCCGGCACCUGUUUCGAGACCUGUGCAUACCUGUGCGUCUCCGAACAGACUGUGGCCCUCAGUUCACUAGCCGGGAGUUCGCCAUAUUCCUGGAGCGUUGGGGAGUCCGCCACUACAAGUCAACGCCUCAUUACCCUGAGUCGAAAAAACAUAAAGCACCUCAUUGUCAAGGUGGCCCCCUCAGGGAAUAUCGACUGCGAGGCAUUCGAAAGGGUACUUCUUGA